AUGGGAGUCAAGCAGAACGCCCCCGAAGCCACCGUCCUGCCGGUGCCGGGGGCGCCGGGCGAGAACCUGCGGCGGCUGCGGCUGCGGAAGAGGCUCCUGAAGGCCGAGGGGCGGCUGGCGGGCUGGGGCCUGGCCCUGGCGCUCGGGGGCAUCCUGCUCAUGGUGCUCCACACGGAGCUGGCCUGGUUCGGGGGCUGCAAGUGGUUUGCGUAUCUGUUCCUGGUGAAAUGCCUCCUCUCGCUCUCCACCGCCGCCCUGCUGGGCCUCAUCCUCGCCUUCCACGUCAAGGAGAUCCAGCUCUUCAUGCUGGACAACUCGCUCCAAGACUGGCGCAUCGCGGUGAGCGGCCCCAAGCUGGGCCUGAUCCUGCUGGAGCUGCUGGUCUGCUCCCUGCACCCCUUCCCCACCGGGGACCCCCCCUGCCUGGCCCCCGACCUGGGCCCCCCGCCGCCCUUCCUGCCGGGGGCCGAGGUGCCCCUGUCGCUGCUGAUGUUCCUGCGGCUGUACCUGGUGCCGCGGGCCGCCCUGCUGCAGAGCCGGGUGCUGGGGGACGCCUCGUACCGGACCAUCGGCUCCCUCAACCAGAUCCGCUUCCAGCACCCCUUCGUCCUGCGGCUGCUGGUCAACGGCCAGCCGGGCCGGGUGCUGCUGGUGCUCACCCUGGGGCUCUGGCUCACCGCCUCCUGGGUGCUGUCCGUCUGCGAGAGGGAGAACGGAGCAGGGCACCUGGAGGGGACGCUGUGGGUGAUCCCCAUCACCUUCCUCACCAUCGGCUACGGGGACGUGGUGCCAGUGACGGUGUGUGGCCGGAUGGUCUGUCUGUGCACCGGCAUCAUGGGCGUUGGCUGCACGGCGCUGCUGGUGGCCGUGGCAGCCGACAAACUGGAGUUCAGCCGGGCGGAGAGACACGUUCACAACUUCAUGCUGGACACACAGUGCACCAAAGAGAUGAAGAACUCGGCCGCGAACGUCCUGCAGGCGGCUUGGCUCUUCCACAAGCACAGCACGGCCAGGGCCGGGCGCCGGGCCCGGACACAUCACAGGCGCUUGCUGGCGGCCAUCCACAGGUUCCGGGAGGUCCGGGUUCGGCACCGGAAGCUCCGAGACCAGGUUAACGCCUUGGUGGACGUGUCGCAGGUGCAGACGAUUCUCUGCGACCUCAGCACCGGGCUCAGCACCUCCCAGCGCGGCCUGGAGAAGCGAAUCGACGCCCUGGACCAGAAGCUGGACGCGCUGACGCGGCUGGUGACGGCCGCCCUGGAGGACAGACAACCGCAGGAGCCGUGGCUGCUCCAGCCCCAGGACACCCAGACAGGCCGGUGAGGAGGGGUUGUCCCGGCGUUGGAGCCCAGACCCUGGUCCAGCGGGCGCCUGCCCCAUAGAGGCCUGCAGGGACUCAGCCCUGUGUAGGACUGAAGGAGACACCACUUGUGGGGCUGGGAAUGGGUGGACAACAGCGCUACCUGGUGGCCGCAGCCCGGAACCGCGGUUCCAAAGUGCAAGAGGGUUACACGCCCGCAGGGGGGCUGUCAGCUCUGCGACGUGCCGGGGGGUGAAACACGGUGGGCACACGCCGUACUGGGGGGGAUCCCCACUGGGGAAUGAUCCAUGCACGGGCCCACGCUUUGCGGCAGGACACCCCAGCUGUGAGCGGGCGUGCGAAGACCCAGGCUGCAGAAGAUGGCAAGGCACGUGCUUUGCACCAGUAGAUGUGAUUGUGAACAGGCGUGCGAGGGUCCCAGGAUGUGAGUCAGGGAAGACACGCGCUUUGCACAAGGGGCUCUGGGCUUGUGAAGGCUUCAGGGCGUGAGACACGGCAAGCCCACACUGUGCACAAGGGUGAGCAGUGAAUGUGAGCUGUUGUGCAGAAGAGCCAAGCUGUGAAACACGCUCAGCCUGUGCUUUGCCCCAGGGGCACCGUGAGUGUGAACAGGCAUGUGAGGGUUGCUGGCUGUGAAACACGGCAGACGCAUGUUUUGCACCAGGGGCUCUGGUAUGCGAGGGACCCAGUGUGCGAGACUUUGCUUUGCACAAGAGGCUUUGGGAUUGUGAGCAGCCGUGCGAGCCCCUAGAAACGUGAAACACAGAGCACAUGGGAGUCGUAACAGGUGGUGGCCCAGUGUGCAGGGGGGCUGAGUGUGAAAGACAGCGGGUCCCCUCUUUAGACAAGACUGCGCACGCUCACACCAGGUGCCCAGGAGGCAGACCACAGAGGACACGACCCUCAACCGGGGCAAAUGGCUGUACGUACAGCACCAGGCACGCCCAAGGCCAGUUCUUGUUGCUGACCAGCCUGGAGCACCAUGAAAUACCCAGGCUGGAACGGCCCCUUGAGCAUGGGGUUUAACGUGGGGGACGCUGGUGCCUUGCACAUUUCAGCCAAGAAACAAACCCGGGGCCUCAGCCCAUUGUGGGCACUAGGGCCCUCCCGGUUCCCCCUCCUGCCCCAGACUGAGGGCACGAACCCAGGCAUCCUGGCCAAACCCAGCUCCCGUGAUUCCCUAAACUCCCCGCUGCAGUUGCAGUUCUCCCUCACGCGCUGUCCUAAACCCCCGGAGGUGGCUGCAUCAUCACCGAGGGGUCCCUGUGUAAACAGCCCCUGCCCCACCCCAGAGGUGGCCACAUCUCAGCGCCGGGCAAGGGGUGCCUGUCUAGCCAUUUGGGCUCAGGGUCAGGAACAUCUCAGGCAAGUGGCGGGGGGGGGUCAGGAACUGGAAUCCCCUAAAUUAACAGGGGGUCCCCAUGACAUGACAGUCCCAGCGGGGUUAGAUGCAGGGUGUGAAUUACCCCGCAGAGGUGGCGGGAGGAGUUUCAUGGCCAUCAGCUCUCCGGGGCAGGGACCAGCUUUGGGGUUGCAGUUUGUCCAGUGCCUGGCAUCUGGGGGUGGGGGGCUGGGGCACCCCCACAGUCCCCUGAAUGCCCAGCCAUGCUGCCGUACAGCGCCUGGCACAUGGGGCCCUGGGGUGCCGGAUGCCCAGCCAUGGUGCCGUACAGCGCCUGGCGCACUGGCUCACGGCAGUCUGAUGGUCACAGACACAGCUGCUGCAUUGGAAAUAAAAGCCAUCUGCCCACC